AUGAGAGUUAGGAAGAAGGCUGAUCUUCGGAUCGAUAUCCCAUCGUAUCCCCAUGAUUAUGUGGAAAUGCCACCGGAGACUAAGCAGCUGAUACAUGAGGCCAAUAGGACACCUAAUGAUAUCCCUUAUAUAGAUGAGACCUCGCCAAAGGUUCAUUUUCAAGUGGGGAGUCCGGGUAUCUCGGGACAGGAAUAUGUAUUUCGAACUUCCACCCCAGAGGUGAAGAUAAAUACAAACGACAGAGAUAGUGUUGAAAAAGAUACUAGGUCUGAACAGAGUAGUCCGGUAGUACUCAGGAAUACUUUGAGAAAGACUUCUACGUCUGUGCCCGCUGAUUUGCAAGAUUUUGAGUCGCGAAUCGAAGCGAACACUAACAUACCAGAGCACCAUCAGAGUACAGCAUCGGGUUUCAGCGAUGGAGAUAACACGCAAGACGAAACGACAGCCCUCUCAGAUGAAGAACACGCCAAAACUCCCCUGCGAUCGCCGCGGAGGAAACUGCCAAGAAGAUCUCGUUCUGAGUUCAGUAUGGAUGAAGACGAUUACUCACCAAGCAAUUCUGUCACUUCUGUCAACUCACUCGCCAGCUUGCUCAAAGAGAAACUACAGAGUAUCCCCCAAAAAAUGAGAAAAAAACCCACGGACUACAAGUUACGAGCUUUCGUCUUACUAAUGUUUUUAGCUGUGGCAUUCUUCAUUGGCUUUGCAUACACCCUGUAUAGGCAAAAAGCCCUUACCAAGGCUUACUUCGAAAGCGUGCAAUUCAAUAACCCGAAGAGGCUCAUCAGGAUCUUUAAUAGAGAUGACGUGGAGAUCUUGCGAGCUAGUUUAGCUAGAGAAGUGAAAGACAAGAAGAAGUCGUUCCCCUGUCUGCAAAAACACCAGCGCUGGGACGGGUCCGUGUGUUUAGAGUGGGAGGAGGACUUGCGCUUCUACCUCAAAUGUCUUCCACAUGACCCUGGCCUCGACAACACGACCUGCUACUCUGUUCAUUGGCAAGCUUUAAGACACGAUAUAUCCCCGACGGACUGCUUCGAUUGGGGCGAAACUAAGGUUCAUUGGUACGGCGGUGGUCAAUCGGCUAACCUGACGUGGCCCCUCGACACUGGCGCCAUAGACUAUACUCCGUUUAUCACCGGUGACAUGCAGAAGCACCAAUUUGGCAACGUUCUGACACGAUACUUCAUCAACUCUAAGGGUGCCGCUAUCAUAAUUGAUGAUGAAACGCCUCUUCACGUCGCUGUAAAUAAUGGAAAAAAGGAAAUCUGCAUAAGGGCUCAAUACGACAACUUUGCAUUUGCUAAUCGACUCACAGACUUUGCAGAACUAAAGUACAACAUCUGCACGUCAUUAGAUAUGAAAUCUCUCCAUUCCUCGAUUCACAGCCACACUAGAGCCCCACUGUGGGACGGCUUGAAGCCAGCUGACAUGCAAACGUUGGAAUCAUUAAUAUCAGAACCCGUCUGGCAGAUUGCCCCACGAUUUAAACACGAGCUGAAAGCGGAAACGAUCUCCAAAUAUACAGAAGACGUGAUAGACUUGGGAUUCUUGAAACUUGGCCACGUUCUAGUUAAUGAGUUCUGGCAGAAUGAAAUAGGUGAUUUUACCGUGGAUUCUAGUCGUUUUGAAAUUCUAAAUACUACUGUAGACAAAUUACAUCGGCGAGGGUUCAAGGUCGCUUUUACUGUGCAGCCGUUUAUAAGCACUGAAAGCGGAAAUUUCCCGGAGACAGUUCAAAAGAGACUGCUGAUAACGGAAAGAAAUGGUGAUAGGAGGAUUCCGGCCCUGACUCGAUUUAAGUCUGUAGACAGCGCGGGGGUACUAGACGUGACAGAUGUAAGGGCCCAGGAAUGGAUUCAGGAGAAAUUGCAAGUGGUUAUGGACGAGUACCAUAUAGAUUCUUUCUAUUUUGACCUAGGGACGGCGCAUGAUAUGCCCCACUACUAUAGCUGCGAACGACGACUGAUCAAUCCUGAUCAGUAUAAGACGGCCUUUGUAAAGGCGUUUGAAAAGACUUUGAGUAUCAUCGGCGUAUCUUCAGCAGUGAGCCUCCCAAGGCCGCCGAUCUUUGUAUCUCUGCCUCCGUUCGAAUCUAGUUGGGAGGCUCUAAGAUCCGUUAUACCGACGAUGCUGACAUACGGUGUGAACGGGUACCCCUUCAUCAUGCCCGGAGCUGUCGGCGGCGACAUCUAUUGGCCGGGAAGUGAACAAUUUCUUCCAUCGGCCAAAGGAUCCCUCGACAUGAAUUUGACCAACUCCACUCAAGAGAAUGGUAUUGUGUUACCGGAUAAGGAACUAUACAUGAGAUGGCUGCAAAUGGCGACUUUUCUUCCUGUUAUGAAAUUUACGCACCUCCCCAGUAAAUACAACGAUGAAAAGGUUUUAGAAAUGGCUAAAAAUUUAACGCUUUUGAGACAGAAGUUGAUUACUCCCUUGCUGCUGAAGUACAAACGAGAGGCUUUGGAGGAAGGUCUGCCGCUAAUCAGGCCACUCUGGCUGGUAGCAGAUGGAGACGCUUCGCUGAUGGUGCAAGAUGAAUUCGCCAUUGGUGACGAAAUAGUAGUGGCGCCAGUCUUAUACCAAAAUCAGACUACGAGAGAAGUUUACCUGCCGACUGGCCUUUGGCAAGACGGCAUUGAUGGAUCUCUGCGCAAAGGCAACAGAUGGAUGCACGAGUACAAAGUGCCAACGGACCGAGUUGCUUACUUCUUACGAAAACCAGAUGAUAUGAGAUUUUAA